AUGCAAGUCGUAACAAAAUAUGACAAACACAUAAAUUGGUGGAUGAAGAACUCUCAGAUAUUGUAUUAAAAAUUUUUCAUGAUGGCUUCGCUUCAUUCAGAAUAUAUAGCUUUUGACCUUACUUUUGAACCCUACAAUAUUUCUAAAAGAUUACUGAGAGGAACUGAAAAAUUGAGAUCUAUCAGAAUAGAUGCCAGAAAAAUCCUAAGUGCUCAGCGCAGUGAUGUAGCAAGAAAAGAUUAUAGAAGAUAGAAUUUAAUCCAUAAGAUAUGUCUUAUUCUAUUUGACCACCUUCUCCUAAACUUGAGAUUUAAGCUUCUUGUCGUAAUUUCUGUCUCAAAAGAGGGUUUUUUAGGUUCAGUUAAUCUUGGAUGCAAAAAAAUCAAGAGCUGGCAGGAUUUCUAUGAUAAAAUAUAUCAUAAAUAAGGCUACGAAAAGCUUAAUUUAGAUGUGGACAAAGAAUAUGUACCUAUAGCAAUAAUUCUUGGGUAGAAUAUCUGUAUUUUAUCUGAAGGCUGCUGGAUCACAGGAUGUUUGCAUUUUAAAUGCUCAAAUGAUAUUACUGGACAAACCUCGGAACUGUCCAGAAGCAUCCUUAGAACCCUACAUAGAGUGAUCCUUAGGUCCUUGAACAUUGCUACAUAUCAAGCAUUUUUUGCUGUUGCUGUUGACAAAGUGCUUCACAUCGAACAAGUAGAAUACUCUCAGAUACCCACUUUUCGAGUUUCAUCACAUUUGCAACGAUAAGUAUACAGACAUCAUACUUUCUCAGGCUGA